AAGCAGUCUAGGGAAGCUUGGGGUUUAGCUCUUUUGACUUCAGGAAAGACUGCACUUUAAUGCAAUUUUUGAAGCAUGGCCUGAAUAGAUUCAAGUCAUUAUCAAGGCAGCCAUCGCAAUCAAACAGGAAAAAAUCUGAAGACAUAGGAACUACACACAAGGAACAUGUCAUUUAGCACCCGUUUUUGAUCCCCACAGAAGACAAGAAGAAGUCACAACUUAACAAUGACAACUACUUCAGUUGGCAGCUGGUCUUGCUCCUCCCAGGGAACAAGCUUUAUAACUAAUUAUAGUGACCAAGUACCACAAAAUGUGUCAAGACCACCAAACGUUACAAGCUGUUCCAUGGAUGAAAACUUACUAUCCACUGUGUUAACAACAUUCUAUUCUGUGAUCUUCAUCGUGGGAUUGGUUGGAAACAUAAUUGCCCUCUAUGUGUUUCUCGGCAUCCACCGCAAGAGAAAUUCCAUUCAUAUUUACCUACUUAAUGUCGCCAUUGCAGACCUUCUGCUCAUCUUCUGCCUCCCUUUCCGAAUAAUGUAUCACAUUAACCAAAACAAAUGGACAUUAGGUGUGGUUUUUUGCAAGGUUGUGGGAACACUAUUUUAUAUGAAUAUGUACAUUAGUAUUAUUUUGCUUGGAUUCAUCAGUUUGGAUCGCUACAUAAAAAUUAAUCGGUCUCUACAACAACGCAGGGCAAUAACAACCAGACAAAGUAUUUAUGUUUGCUGUAUAGUGUGGAUAGUUGCUCUUGCUGGAUUUUUAACUAUGAUUGUUUUAACACUUAAGAAGGGAGGGCACAAUUCCACAAUGUGUUUCCAUUAUAGAGAUAGGCACAAUGCUAAAGGAGAGGCCAUUUUUAACUUUGUUCUUGUGAUAAUGUUCUGGCUCAUUUUCCUACUAAUAAUCCUUUCGUAUAUUAAGAUUGGCAAGAAUCUAUUGAGGAUUUCUAAAAAGAGGUCCAAAUUUCCUAAUUCGGGUAAAUAUGCCACCACAGCCCGGAAUUCCUUUAUUGUACUGAUAAUUUUUACUCUCUGUUUUGUCCCCUAUCAUGCUUUUCGAUUCAUCUACAUUUCUUCCCAGAUCAAUGUAUCAUCUUGCAAUUGGAAGGAGAUUGUUCACAAAACCAAUGAGAUCAUGCUUGUUCUGUCGUCUUUCAAUAGCUGCUUGGAUCCAGUCAUGUAUUUCCUGAUGUCCAGUAAUAUUCGCAAAAUAAUGUGUCACCUUCUUUUUAGACGAUUUCAAGGGGAAGCAAGCAGAAGUGAAAGCACUUCAGAAUUUAAGCCAGGAUACUCCCUGCAUGAGACAUCUGUGGCAGCUAAGAUAAUGUACAGCUCUAAAAGUACUUAAGGUGAACAUACUGGAAAGAUUGAUAACUAUCCAGCCUCUUAAUUCCAUGAAAAUCUAAAAACGUAUGAAACAAAGCCCUUGCAUUUAGAAAACUCAAGCCUUCUCAAAUCUCUGUUUGCAUUUGUGAUAUUUCACUUGCUUACUUGUAAAAUGUCUCAAGGCAAAGAGAAGUUUAUAAACUGUAUGUAAAAUUCUCUCAAAGUAUACUGUUAAGCUAACAUUCUUAACAAUGGAUUAUAAAGUUAUAUGAAACUCAUGGCUUUAACAAUGGAAUUACUAAAACAAAUAGCAUAGUUUCUCAAGUCAUUAAAGUAGUUACUAAAAUGAAGCACUUGAUACUAAUUUAAAUUUUGUUUCCAAAUAAGUUAAGUGAUUUUAGGAUUGACUGAAAAUGUCAGAAAAUAUAUGCUUGUGUAUCAUUAUAAAAGCUUGUAUAAUUUGCUUCUAUAUUCAUUUUGCCUAAA